UAAAUACCAUGAAAUAGUUUUAUAUGGACUUCAAGGAAACUAAAAAACAAUUUUAGUGAGAACAAAAUAAAAAAUUACGCUUGAGAAUAUGAAUUGUUUGCGUUUGCUUAGACCGAUUAGUUGUCGACCGUCGUUUAAUUUUACUUCCGUAAAAUAUGUAUCACAGCAUCCGUUAAAAUAUUUAGAUAAGCAAGAAAAAUGGCAAGAAAAGGACGGCCUGUCUAAAAACUGGCAGUUAAUAUAUAAAGCUCCAAUGGGAAAUGCUCUUAACUAUGCUGUGGCAUAUUUAACGACAUCCACCGCUAUUGUCGCAGCGAGUACUCUUUAUUAUACUGCAUUUGUGUUUGAUGUGAAUACAAUGAAUGAUCCAGUAAUUAUAGGUGAAAGUCUAGUCAUUGCAAAUAAUGCACCUGAAUGUUUAAUCUACCUUGGAUCAUUUGUAUUAUUGCAUGUAGCAGUCAAGGUGUUAAUCUCUAAGUUUGUCGUUCGUAUGUACCAAAAGGGAGAUGAAUAUGUAGCUAUUUUUAGAGGACAUUGGAUUAAUUCUAUAGUAAAACAUAAAUUUCAUUUGAACGAAUUUAAGAAGUUGAAUCCAACAUUUGUCGUGUCUUGGGGUGAUGCAAGAUUUCAACUUGGCAAGAAACAUGGAAUAUUACUUGAUACAUAUUUUAGAACACCAGAAUAUUUCAAUUAUUUAAUGUAUAAGAAAAAAAAUGAAUAG